AUGUUGAAACAGUUGAUUAUCCAAAGACAGCGUGCAUUCCACAGCGGCGACCGUGCAGUUUGGCUACACUAUAGGGAUAAGGUACAAAGAGAAAUUUCAUCACAAAAGCGUACGUAUUACGCCAGGAAGAUUCAAAAUCUAAAAAAUAGCAACCCAAGGCAAUGGUGGAAUUACAUUAGACAGAUCACCGGUAAGGAAAAGCCAGCGCCUAAUUUUGACAUUACCAGCGAUGGGGUACCAAUGUCCGAUCUUGAGUUGUGUGGUAAACUCAAUGAGCACUUUUUAUCAGCCAGCGCUGACCUUCCUCCUCUCGACCUUGGUCGUUUGCCUGCGUACCUUCCAGCUCCCGAACCCCCACCAUCUAUCUCAAUCGCACAG